UUCACUUUCGCUUUGGGAUAAGUCAGUGAGCAGACAUGUUAAACAAACUUGAUAAGAUCUGUGAUAAAUGAGAGAAUUGCUUUGUUUAUUUAAUCCUUAGUUUUACAGGAAUGUAAGGAGAGUUAGUGAAGGGGUAUAUCAUGUUGACAUUUAUUGAAUAAUGAGAGCUACUUUUCAAAGAGUUGCGUACUUUAUUUUAUUGGGAUAUUUAAUAAUAUCGUGUUAUACUGGUUUUAUUAUUGUCAAAAACAAGGUAUGGAAAGAGCAGAUUCAACAAGAAAAAUACCGAAAAAUGACAGAGUUGGCCGAAGAAGACCGUGCCUGGAAUCCCUGGGGCGAGGAGUUUGACAAUGAGAGAACAGUUCUCACGCGACAUGAGCCUCCGAACAUUGUUUGGAAUCUGGAUCAGGGGAGAGAACCUCCCUCCAGCAGGGUAGACAACUCCAAGAGACUCUUCAAUGUGGAGGUCUGGGGAAAAGCAUCUAUAGGCCUGUAUUUGUGGCAGCACAUCCUAGAAGGCCCCCUGGAGGAGAGAAUGGAAGGGGUGUGGAGCCACGGAACCAAGACCAUCAACAACAUAAAGUUCACGUUUCGGACAGGCCCAGGUGUGGUGCCAGACCAGGUUCCCAAGGAAACUGAGCACCUGUUGCUGGUCCUCAACGGCAGGGAACCAGAUAAAAUAACCUUCGCCAAGUCCUGGCUUACCUCCCUUGAUACGUUGCCAAGGUUACAGAAUGUGGGCUUGGUGUUGCUUGGCAAUGAGCAGUGUAACAACUCCUGGCUCCACCCAUACAUGGCUCAAAAUGGUGGGCGUGUCAAGUUUGCCUUUCUUGUGUAUGACAGCCCAGAGAUUGAUAACAAGUUUUACUACCAGUGGCCUCUAGGUGUAGCCACGUACCGUGACUUUCCAAGAGUGGACAGUUCCAAGCUACCUGUACAUAUCAAGCGGAAAUACUCCUGCAACUUUCUGGGAACGGUGUAUAAAAACUCCUCCAGGGAAACACUGAUGAAAAUUUUAGAAGGCGAUUUCUUCAGAGAAAACUGUUACGUUAAACCUAGAUACAGAUGGCUACCAGAGGAGAAUGCAGACUCGAGGGAAGAGUACAUCAGACUCCUGUCCCAGAGUGAUCUCACACUGAAUCCCGUUGGUCAAAACACCGAGUGUUACCGUAUCUACGAGGCCAUCUCCUACGGAUCGAUUCCCGUCAUUGAGGAUGUGAGAACGCCGGGAAUUUGUGGGAAAUCAGAAACCUCUGAACCCCAAGUCUUUCCAUUACGUCUGCUCAAGGACCAUAAUGCACCAGUCAUAUUUGUGAAACAUUGGUCAGAAUUACAUGAUCUUAUUGAAAACGAGAAAACUUUGCUCCAUAGUGAAAGGGUAAAGAGACGAAGGAAUGUCUUGUUAUGGUAUGAAAGUUUUAAGUCAAAAAUGAGAAAAACAAUUACUAAUGUUAUUAGUACACACUUUUUUGGAGUUGACAGAUAGCAUUAAUUUUCACCGCAUAUGUUAUGUCACUGUUGCAAAAUUAUGUUGUUAUAGGAUUUAUUUUUGUACAAGCAUAGAGUUGUUAAAUUUUGUAUUUGUAUACAUUUUGCAGAUCAUUAUAACAUUUUUUCUGUCGUACACAUCAAUUUUUUUUUCAGAAAUUAUGUACGUUUACAGAAUUAUUUGUCCAAGCUUACGAUGUGGGCAUUAGAUUGAUUUAUUUAAAUUUUUAUGAGUAAGACUAUGUACAUGUAAAAAGUCAAUACUCUAGUCCCACAAGUUAUUCUCAUGUUAGGGCUAUCACUGUUUACUUCUUAGAUGUAAAUGGGCAAAUGUUUGUACAUGUACAGCUAUUUAUUUAGGUUCUUGACAAAAAAACAUAUUCCUGUAUGGAAUUGUGUUACGAAUAAAAAACUUUUUACCGGGGGUACAUUAAAAUGCCAUAAUGAUGGUGAUCAAGGGCAGGUUGAAAAUAUUAAGUUUAAUAUCAAAUAAACUUAAGUCUAGUAGAUAGGUGUUUAUUUUGCCAUGCCUAAAGAAAGUGUGGGCAGCAGGAUCCAAGCCUCAGCAGUCGUUUUCUAACAAAGCAUUUUCACUCUGUAUUAUGUGAUACCCUCUACCCGAGGUUCAAACGAACACAAAGCACAAGUUGUAUAAUUUCAAUCAUGAGGGUUGUGAAGGAAGUAACUGUUUUGUACCAUGUUGUCAAGGACAGAGAUCAUUAAUUAGAAUGCAUAUUAGUGAAAAGCAUUGUAAUUUAUCCUUAAAUGAUUCCUUAUGCUAAUAAUGGCAGUUAAGCUCCACCUACUGAUAUUGGAGUUAAUGUACAUGUAUAUACGAAAACAAAGCAAACACUCUUCAGCAUGGUACAAAAAGUAUUUAUAUAACAGAGGGCAUGUUGUUAUAUAAAAUUAAAGACCAUUUGUAUAUAAUACCAUUUCUCCAUUAAGGUUUUAGUUAAUCAUGAAUGUUUUGUAAAAUGAUCUUAUUACUGUGUUCAUUUCAUUUGGUUGUGUUUUUAGAUGCAUAAAGAAAUGUAUUCACUUUUACAUAGAAAUAUAUUUGAAGUAGAUCUUCAGAUUUUGUGAUUAGUUUUGCUAUGCUUUCUUGUUUGUUGUAAAUCUUGUUUAUUUUUGUUUUACCUUUAUGCUUGCUGCUUGAUAAAAUAAAUGAUAUGACCAAAAUGCUUGCUUCUUGAUGAUACAUGUAUAUCAUUUGGCCAAAUUACUUGCGCUUUUGAUUUUUUUAUUGGACCUACAUGCUUUCUUACUGGUAUUUUUUCAUUUAACCUAAAUGCUUGCGUAUUCUGUUAAUGGAUUGUGGCCAAAAAUGCAUAUAAAUUUAUACUUUUUUUUAUGUUGAUUUCAGUGUUUGGAAAAAUUGUUCGAAACAAAAUUUCCGGACUUUUCCCUGACCAAAUUUCAACCUUCCCUGGCCCAACUAUCUGUGUUCAUAGCUGCUUAACUGGUCAUCUAUUAGCAUGAUUAAUGAAUGUUGGCCUUCAUACUUCCCACCAGCCACCCCAAACCACCUCUCUUUUCAUAUAUAACUAUAUUACAAUAGUAGGAUGCAUUGGCAUUUUUUGGUUUUUGGUUGUUGUAAUUUUUAUAAUUUUUAAUUGCUUAACAUUGCAUGACAUGCUUCCAAAUGUUACAUCAACCCCAAGUCCAAGGUAUAAAAUAAAGUUCGUAAAAUUUGAGAUGCUGAUAUACCGGUAAAAUGAAAUGCAAACAUCAAUGAAAAUUUUUGAUAUUUACCGCUUAAAGCUAGUUUUUGAAUUAACAGUACAGAAAGUUGACGAAAUAAAAUCACAUAAAACACUCGAGUAGAGAUUAUGAAACCAAAAUACGAAGGGUUGAUUAGGAAUGAGAAUUGGCAUAUUAAUCAAGCUCAUAAAUGAUCUAUCAUUGAUAUGUAUACAUUCCAGAAAAAAUAUUAUUAUAUAUUUAAUAAGCAGUAAAGGAAAAUGAUGAACAUGUAUGAAACUGCCAUAGCCUUUUUUUCGUUCUUUCUGCUCAUCUCUGAUUGACCAUUCCUCAUAGAACAUCUGUUCCAUUUUUUUGAAAAUGAUUUUAUACUAUAUACCCUAGAAGGGUUAUACAAUUUUCGGUUAUGCUGAUUUGGGGGGGGGGCUCAAAUUUGGGCUACAUUGGAUCAUAUUUAAGACCUUUCACAAUGUUAUAUACUUAUCAUUUAUUUUAAGAUUUAUUCUAAGAAAAAUAAACAUUUUUCACCUUAAGUUAAACCUAGGAUUUUGUUUCCUAAGAUGUUCAAAAUGGACAACUAUUUUUUUUUUUACAAUGUACACAAUGUUCUGCCUGAGUUAUUGCCCUUUCUUGUAAUUAAAAACUAAUAUUUUAAAUGAUCUUUAUCAAAAACCCAAGACCAUGAAGAUACCAGUUAUUUGUUGUGAACCAUAGAACACAAAGAUACCAGUAAUUUGUUAUGAGCCCUAGGCCAUGAAUAUACCAGUUAUUUGUUAUGAACCCCAGACCAUGAAUAUACCAGUAACUUGUUAUGUACCCUAGGCCAUGAAGAUACCAGUUUUUUGUUAUGAACCCAGACCAUGAAGAUACCAGCUCUUUGUUAUGAACCCAGACCAUGAAGAUACCAGUUAUUUGUUAUGUACCCCAGACCAUGAAGAUACCAGUAACUUGUUAUGAACCCUAGGCCAUGAAGAUACCAGUUUUUUGUUAUGAAUUCUAGGCCAUGAAGAUACCAGUAACUUCUUAUGAACCCUAGACCAUGAAGAUACCAGUUAUUUGUUAUGAACCCAGACAAUGAAGAUACCAGCUAUUUGUUAUGAACCCAGACCAUGAAGAUACCAGUUAUUUGUUAUGUACCCCAGACCAUGAAGAUACCAGUAACUUGUUAUGAACCCUAGGCCAUGAAGAUACCAGUUAUUUGUUAUGAACCCUAGGCCAUGAAGAUACCAGUUAUUUGUUAUGGACCUUAGGCCAUGAAGUACCAGUUACUUGUUAUGAACCUUAGGCCAUGAAGAUAACAUGUAUUUGUUUUUGACCCUAGGCCAUGAAGAUACUAGUUAUUUGUUAUGAACCCCAUACCUUCAAGAUACCAGUUAUGUGUCAUGAACCUUAGGCCAUGAAGAUACCAGUUACUUGUAAUGACCCCUAGGUUAUGAAGAAACCAAUUAUUUGUUUUGAGCCCUAGGCCAUGAAGAUACUAAGUAUUUCUUAUGAACCCUAGGCCAUGAAGAUACCAGUUAUUUGUUAUGAACCCUAGGCCAUGAAGAUACCAGUUACUUGUUAUGAACCCUAGGCUAUGAAGAUACCAUUAUUUUGUUAUGGACCCCAGGCCAUGAAUAUACCAGUUAUGUGUUAUGGACCUUAGGCCAUGAAGAUACCAGUUAUUUGUUAUGAACCCCAGACCAUGAACAUACCAGUAACUUGUUAUGAACCCCAUACCAUUAAGAUACCAGUUAUCUGUUAUGAACCCCAGACCAUGAAGAUACCAGUUAUUUGUUAUGAACCCUAGGCCAUGAAGAUACCAGUUAUUUGUUAUGUACCCCAGACCAUGAAGAUACCAGUUAUCUGUUAUGGACCUUAGGCCAUGGAGAUACCAGUUAUUUGUUAUGGACCCCAGGCCAUGAACAUACCAGUAACAUGUUAUGAACCCCAUACCAUUAAGAUACCAGUUAUCUGUUAUGAACCCCAGACCAUGAAGAUACCAGUUAUUUGUUAUGAACCCUAGGCCAUGAAGAUACCAGUUAUUUGUUAUGUACCCCAGACCAUGAAGAUACCAGUUAUUUGUUAUGGACCUUAGGCCAUGGAGAUACCAGUAACUUGUUAUGAACCCUAGGCCAUGAAGAUACCAGUUAUUUGUUAUGGACCCCAGGCCAUGAAGAUACCAGUUUUCUGUUAUGGACCUUAGGUCAUGAAGAUACCAGUAACUUGUUAUGAACCCUAGGCCAUGAAGAUACCAGUUAUUUAUUAGAAACCCUAGGCCAUGAAGAUACCAGUAACCUGUUAUGAACCCUAGGCCAUGAAGAUACCAGUUAUUUGUUAAAAACCUUAGGCCAUGAAGAUACCAGCUACUUGUAAUGAACCAUAGGUCAUGAAGAAACCAAUUAUUUGUUUUGAGCCCUAGGCCAUGAAGAUACUGGUAAUUUCUUAUGAACCAUAAGCCAUGAAGAUAACAUUUAUUUGUUAUGAGCCCAUUAAGAUAUAUUAUUUGUUUUGAACCCUAGGCCAUGAAGAUACCAGUUAUUUGUUAUGAAUCCUACGCCAUGAAUCUUCAUUUACUUCCAACACAAUGAAACAUCACACUUCAUUUUUUAUAAAAAGCAGAUCUCUUGUCUUGGCAAUUUUUCAUUCACUGUCCAAGAGAUCUUUGAAAUGUUUAUGCAUGAUCAAAAAGCAAUCUCUUCACAUGUUUAUGUAUGUUGUACUGGUAAGUGUAUAUGCUCUGGCCGAAUUUCUUAAAUGUCUUGGUUAUAAUAAAACAUAACACAGUUAAAUUUGCUCUAACAAAACAGAAAUAGUUUAUAAUUAUUGUCUUUAAAAUAAAAGUGUGCCAAGCUUUAUUCUGUUUGAGAAAUAUGGUCUUAAGGCUGUUUCAAUGAAGACCUUGGGUCAGCUUUCGUCAUAAUUUUAAUGAUCUUGGUGACUAGUUUCAUUAAAUUACUUCAUUUUUGAAUUAAAAAUUAUCACAAUGUUUAGGAAAUAGAAAAAAAUAUUAGUGUUUGUAUUACUGUUUGUGAUGCUGAUAAAGAUUUCAGAUUAUUAAAGUUACGACCGAGAUCCUUUAUUGAAAUAUAGUUUAGGGCCUCAGGACUUGUUGAAAAUGCCAUACACUGCUACAUGUAUUAUCACCACUAGUCCUGCAGGUGGUCAUUGUAGUUGACUGUUAUUCUCUUGUUAGUUAUUGUUCGUUUAUGUUGAGUACAAUAAAUGUUAAAUUUGA